AUGUCCUCGAGCUUCAAAAUAGCAGGCUUGUUGCAGAACUUCUCCUUCAAUUCAGUCACCUCCUCGUUCAACGUGGCACUCAUUAAAAACACCUGUGUGUUGGCCUUCAUCCCCAGAAACUCCUUCAACUUCUCCAGGUCGUCCUUAAACAAGCUUGGCCGGCGUGCUCACAAACACCUCGCGGCCCUCUUUGACCAGCUGGGUCUGCACCUGGUCGCUUACCGUGUCGUUCAGGUUCAAAACACGGACACUGCGGCCACAAAAGACCGUCAACUGGCCCAGAAACUCGGUCACCUGGUUACUCAGCUCCUUGGUCGGCACCAAAAUCAACGUCUGCACGCCAUUGGCCGCCUCGACCGUCGUCAUGACAAUCCGGUUGAGAAUCAGCUUGUCGUUGGUAGAAUCCUUGUCCAAACAGAAGUAUCCCACACGCAGAGCUUGGAACCGGACAGUCUCCUUGCCGGCCUCCUCGUGGAUGCUAAAUUGAGGGUUGGUGAACGGCAUGUUCAUUGGAGACUUGGUCUCGAUCUCGUGGAAACUUGGCUCUAUGAUGGCAUUCUUGAUGAUUUGCUCGGAAUCAGGGUUGAUGUCCGCCAGAUAUCCUUCAGGGUUGGCAGACGGGUUCUCCGACUUGAACAGUUGGUUGUGGAUUCUCACCUCUGCGAUCUUCACCGGCGAGUUUCCAACAGGCUGCUCUGGGGCCAGUCUGAAGUAGUCCUUGGUGAUUGUGUCUCUAUAGUCCGACUUGUCAAUGUAAACGGUCUUGGUGAAUGGAACUCUACGGGAUCCAAACUCCGGAGAUCCUGGCUUGUAAGGAAUUUCCACCAACUCCUCAUAAUCGUCGGCCAGGUUGUCAAUGACCACCUUCAAUGGGUUUUCGAUCAUCAUCAAUCUUGGAGUCGUGUGGUCCAAGUACGUUCUCACAGCAGUGUCGAAUCUCACGGCCUGGAUGUUGGUAGUCGAGGUGGUGACUCCCAAAGUGUUGAUGAAACUCAAAAUGGCUCCUGGAGGAACACCUCUUCUUCUCAGCGACUCCAAAGUGUACAGUCUUGGAUCGUCCCAGCCACGAACAUAUCCCUCGUUCACAAGCUUGGCAAUCUUUCUCUUGGACAUGAUCGUUCCACUCAAGUUCAACCGACCAUAUUCUCUUUGCGCUGGUCUAUAAACGUGCAGCACGUCACACAGCCACUCGUAACUCUCUCUGCUGAGAUAGAACUCGGUGGUACACAGAGAAUGACUGAUGUUCUCGAAAGAAUCGACCAAACAGUGUGUGAAGUCGUAUGUUGGAUAGAUCUUCCACUUGUCGCCUGUUCUUUCGUGCUUGGCAUUCAGCACACGGUACGCAAUCAGGUCCCACAUUUGAGGCGAUGGCGAGUUGAUAUCUUGUUUCAUUCUCAAAGUGGCCUUACCUGGCUCUUCACCAUAAUGGCCUUGGAGUGCCCGAUAUGCAGGAACCCGUUGGGUUCUGGCGGGAAUCUCGUGAACACCUUGCCUUUGGUGACCUUCAGGUGCUCCUUCAUCAGUUCUGGCCAUCUUUGUGGGUUCUCACCUGGUUUGUGCAAAUCACCAAGGAAUCCCUCAGUGAACAUGUUUCUUUCUGGCUCUUUAGCCUUAGUUUCUGUCUUGGCCUUUGAUGGCUCCUUCUUCUUCUUCUCCUUCUUCACCACGUCUCUUUCAUCCUUAGGACCAAGGUAUUCCAACGCCAACUUAUCAACAGUAGGCUUGAACAUCGAUGGAGAGGCCCAUUUCAACUCUGGCAAGCUUCGCACGCUUCCCAGAAUGUUAGGCACCAUCUUGUACCGUUUUUCCAAAAACUCGUCCUUCAACGACUCAAUGUACUUUCUGAUGGCAUCCUCAACGUCCUGCUCAGUAACUGUGAUCCCCACUCCGGAUUUCUCCCUCAUCUCGUCCUUGUUGAAGUCAGAUCCCGCAGACUUGACAUACUUGUAA